AGGGGGUGAAGACAAGUCAGGGACUACUUUUUGACGCGUCGCAUCCUGUGUAUUGCGUACCUGCAUCUUGAUCAAGGGGACUGUGCAGAUCGAGGGGAUUCUUUCGGAUACACCGGAUCUGGGAUAUGGUGGUAUAUGGACGGGCCAAUCAUUCUGCUGGCGCUGGGGCUCGGUAGAGCUGAUUGGGAUCGCGAGAGGAGAUGCGAUGCGAUGGGUAGGGGCUUCCCUGGCUGGGAUGUCGAUCAAGGCUUGAGGGUUAGGAAGAUCUAUUUGUCGCGCUGCGAUCUGUCUCCAUGGACAUGUUCGGUAUACACCAAUCGGAGUAGUUCAGUGCGGCAGUCUAAAGGAAGUACUGUCCGUUUACUGUGUCUAAGCUUGUUAGAUCGUCUUCCAAGAGACACUCGCUUAUGUGGAGACGUACUUAGCUCUUCCUGGUGAAGAGAUCAGUUGAUGCUCAGCUUUCACGCUU